GCACAAGUCCCGUGACCUACACUCCCCCACACCUUGCGAUUUGCGCCUUCUGAAUGGUCCCAAGCUUGGCUGCUGCCGACAGCUUCGAUCAAGCCCUCUUGCUGAAUGAAUCCGCGCUCUGGAUGGAAUUUCUGAAACUGUCUAUUAACGGACAAAAAAGUCUUGUACUAGCAAGACUCAGGUUCUCCGAAUAUUCGCUACAAUACUACCGGGUCUGCAGCUUUCUGACGUGCGCGAAAUGCGCCGCUCCAGCGAUGGUACCGACAGAGCAUGACCCAUUUCGACAUCGGCUUUUCAGGUAUUGUCCACGGUUCCUAGCCAUAUAAUGGUCUAGCUCCUCAAAGCGUGUGUUUGCGAAACUUCCACUCAUUUCAAAAUGUCGAGCCCCGCCGAUUCGAGGGGACCGGCGUCAGCCUUCGAAAGUCCCACGUUCGGCGAGGACAGCUCUUUCCACGUCGAGCAGCCAGUCGGUUCUAUGUCCAUUUCACCAUGCGGUCGAGAUGUUGUUCUGGCAUCAAAGGAGGGACUCCAUAUUAUUGACCUCGAUUCACCAUAUUCGCCGCCUCGAUACCUGCCACAUCACACGCCUUGGGAGGUCGCUGAUGUUCAGUGGUCGCCCUUCGCACAUCGGGACUACUGGGUUGUUAGCACUUCUAAUCAAAAGGCUUUGGUAUGGAACCUCGCGAUGAAAACCUGGGAGAACUCUAUUGAGCACGUCUUGCACGCUCAUUCACGUGCGAUUACCGAUAUCAAUUUCUCCGCACAUCAUGCCGAUAUACUUGCAACCUGUGCCGUUGACAGCUUUGUACAUUGUUGGGAUCUGAGAGUUCCUGCGAGGCCAGUCGUCUCAUUCUCUGAUUGGUUUGCUGGUGCGACGCAGGUCAAGUGGAAUCGUCAAGAUCCUCAUGUCAUCGCCAGUUCACAUGACAAAUACCUACGAAUCUGGGACGACCGUAUGGGUGCAAAACCCCUUAAGUCUAUUGAAGCUCACAGUACAAAGAUUUAUGGAAUUGAUUGGAAUCGAAUGCGUGGUGAAGCCAUCGUUACAUGCUCUUUGGACAAGACCAUCAAACUUUGGAAUUACGAAGCCGAAGGUGACGCCCCAGAAAAAAUGAUCAAGACCUCUUUUCCCGUCUGGCGCGCGAGAAAUACUCCCUUUGGUUUUGGUAUUCUAGCCAUGCCUCAACGUGGUGACAAUGACCUCCAUUUAUAUAGCCGGCGUAGGACAGACGAGCACGGGCCUGGUGAAGGACUUCCACUUAUCCAUAGUUUCCCUGGCCAUAAGGGACAAGUGAAAGAAUUUUUAUGGAGACCAAGGGGAGCUGUGAUAGACGGAUUGGAUCACCGAGAGUUUCAACUAGUAUCAUGGGGUGCAGAUCGAGAGCUUCGCUUGCAUAGAGUUGAUCCAGAUGUGCUCCGUGGUGUCGGUUUCGAAAAGGGAAAGUCAUUUGACUACAGUCUAAGGAUCACCCGCCAAGGUGCUUUUUACAAGACUUUUCGUGACGACCCUCCCGAUGAAGACCUUAGUGACUCAAUAUAUGCUGAGACCGUUAUUUCUAGUAGUAAUCGACCUCAGAUCAGUGCAGGAGUUGGCACAAAUAACGUUUCGACUCGGUAUUCUCGUAUUCCAAAUCAUGGGAUCCAUAUUGAGCCCAGAGUUGGUAUGCAAGGUCGGUCUCAAUUGAGAACGAAUUUGAACCCGAUUGCGUGGAUGCGAGGGGUCAAGAUAUCCGGCUGGGAUAUCGAAACCCUGGGCGAUGAGAUUACUCAUGUCGGUGAAAAGUUCUCUAAAGUUGAUUUCGAAUCAGUGGACGUACGACAAAGGAAAGUUACCAUCUCACUUCACGGUCCCUGGGCCGCCGAAGGUGGAUCAUUAUUUUUGAAACUUGAUAUCAAGUUCCCAAGCGAUUACCCGCGAACUGCAGUCCCGACAUUUCGGAUCCAAAAGACAUCUGCUAUGACGGACGAUCUGUCAGAGACAAUAACUUCCGAGUUACGGACAAUUUCAGAGACUUAUCUUUCUAGGAAACGGGGAUGUCUUGAAGGUGCGCUUCGUUAUCUCCUGGGAGAGUGCAAUCUGGAAGAGAGUAUCGCCCUGGUACUGGGAGAGGCAAUGGAUACUAUAAAGUCGCCGACCGUUGACUUGGAAGAUGAUGAAUCCAGUGAUGAGGACGAGGUUGUUGGCGAAUUCGAAAAAGAAGACCUUGGGCUAAGUUCGGAAUCGCUUCGACCAAUCAAUGCUAACGUCAUGGUUCCUGUUGCUAAAGUUUGCGGUGCUACUUGGAGCCAUGACGGCCGUCUUGUUUGCUUUUUCCCGCCAAAAAGAGAUAAAACAGGCUCGUUGUUUGAUUCUUUAGGCUUAAAGGAUCUCAAUCGAUUUUCACGCAAUGAUAGGGUAUUUGAAGGUUUUGGUCGCUUACAAACAAGCUCGCCUGGUCAUCUUCCUACUAGAAAAACUGUCGGAACAACGAGUACGACCGAUGAUGGAGGUUCUGAAUACUCUGAUGAUUCAGAUACGGAAUCCUCUAGCUCAUCGGGCUCAUCUGACAUCAUUUCAGGCUUGCCAAACCGUUUCCAAGCGGCCCCAAUGUGGCGUGGUCUUGGAACUUACCGUACCAAGUCAGCAGAUAACUCCCAGCUUUCUACUGUUGGAGGUCCUGCCACGGUGAGAUCGUCGGAUAUUGGACAUAAUAUAAUAUCUGUUCACGAUCUAGGCGACUUACUACCGGCUAAGAAGUCGUUAGCAAAUCAGUACAAGAUAUUUGGGCAUGGCGCGGAAGUUUGUGCGCACAAUGCAGCAGUAGCGGCGGACGCUGGUUGCCAUCAUUUGGCGCAAGUUUGGGGGCUUCUGAAAUUGGUUUUGCAUAAUCACAGCGAUCACCAAGACCUCAAUAUCAACCCGGACGCAGUGACAAUAGGCAAAGCUAUAAAGAAAGAUGAACUCACCGAGCUAGGGAAUAAUCUUAAAGAUAAAUCGACCCUGAAGGGCGCUUUUCAUCGAUUUGGAUCUAGCGCGGGACUACAAGGUGGCAAAUGGCUGAUAAACGCACUUCUUGACCAUUUUGAACGGAUUGGGGAUGUUCAGAUGCUCGCAAUGCUUUCAUGCAUCCUUCAUGAACAAAUGCUGCGGCACCGGACAGCCCGGCGUCGAGACAGGGAGAUGUCGUACAACCAAUCCCAUAGCCCGUUUGCUGUGGACUUCUUCUCAUCCAAGCUUCCAGAUGCCAAGUCUCAGGUUGCAACUCCUUUAACCUCUUACUCGAGGGAUAGCGUCAAUCCUAUCGGUCUCCAAAGCCCAGACAUUCCAACGGAACAAUGGAACAGUAUAGCUACUACAUCUUAUUCAAGUGCGACUUCUCCAAUGGCAGCACAUUCGAACAAGCGCUUAGGAGACCGCAGAACCCCGAAUCUUUCUAUAUCGACGUCACCGGACAACCACAAUAUUUCACGGACUGGAUCUGGAAUUGGAACGGCGCUGGCGUCGUCACUAUCGCGUUCAUUUACUUUUGGACCUUCAUCUGGCUCAUCACCUCCUGUAAAUAACACUAAAAAGAAAAUUAGUCCAAACGGAAGUUUGAAUGUACCUUCGACUGUGGGUUGGAGUGCUACUCAGAUAUUCAACAAAGCCGUCUCGGUGUUGCCUGAAUAUUUGAACACAUCGACAGCGAUCACCUCUUCACAAACUCAUUCAGAGACCGACAGUGAGAAGAAGAAAGGGGCACGAAAACUGAGGGUCAAUGUUACUUUGAAAAAUCGGACAGCCUUUGAUACGGAUGAAUCUUUGAGUAGUCCAUUCAUUGACCGCAAGCGAGAAAUCCUUUUAGGCAAAUAUCGCAACGCAUAUGCCAACUUAUUGUUCGUCUGGGACUUGCCGAUUCAACGUAGCGAAGUUUUGAAGAUAGGAUCUAUGUUGGAUUUAACAAGCGAUAGGCCUUCCUCUCGACGCCGCCAAGCUUCGCAAACACUGACACUAUCUAUGACCAAGCAAAAAACCAGCGUUCCAGAAAAACCGACUGCGAACGAUGCUGUUUUAGAUGUCCAGCGGCAUUGUUCCCAAUGUGGAAGUGCUAUACACGCAUCUGUUUUCUCGUUUUCUUCGCGGAAAGAAUCUAGCACCAAACUUACCAAACAAGCGCCUCUAAAAUGCCCUUCAUGUACGGUUGUGCAGCCACUUGCGGCUCAUAUCGGAUGUGUUAUUUGUGGCGAGUCAAUCUCCGGGAUGUUUGUUCCCUGUUUGGAGUGUGGGCAUGUCUGCUGCUUCGAGUGCCACCAGCAGUGGUUCUCGCUCAACUCGCCAAAUGAUUCGAUUUUCGUGUUGUCUGAUUUGGUCUGCCCAAGCCCUUGCGGAUGCAGCUGCACCGAGCAUUCUGAGAUCGUGUAUCUGCCGUCGCCAAUUCCAACCCCUCCUCACCACGAAAGAGCUCACAUGUUCGAUCUACAUAAUCGUCGCCGGUCCGAGGCGAUGCCUCCACCCCGUUCAGGGAUUAUGGCGGGACAAACCGAUGAUGACCUUGAGGCGUGGCGCGGAACAGCUUUCACCAGAGGUCUCGGUGGGGGUCUAAGUCGUGUUUUAACAGCAAAUGAUCAUAGUAGGCGAAACAAUUCGUCGAACCGAAAGUUGCAGUUUGACCGCAUAGAUACAAUGUAGCUUUGAUUUUGUUAUGGGUAUAAGAAAGCGUGGCGUUCAGGAUAGGCGACGGUAUCUACUACGUAAAAUUUACGAUACCCUCAUGUAUAUCGAUUAAUAGAUAGUUGCAA